CUCUAAAAGGCCUUCCUAGAAGGCCACGUAAUCUCCCACCUUCCCCUCCGCAUUCUUCUCCAUUCGAAGCCGCUCUCUCUUUGCCUCUGUAUCUCUCUCUCUCUCUCUCGUAGGGUUUCGUCGUUCUCCGUCUCUCGGUCUCCUCUCUUUCUCUCGUUUUUUUUUUUUUUUGCCGGGGUUUUAUUGGAUUUCCGGCGAUCAGAUCAGUAUCGGAAGGGCCUCCGAUCUUAUCCGGCUGAAUUUUUCGUUGAUUUGAGCGAUCCGUCCGCGUCGGUGGUAAAUUCUCACCGGCGACGAUGUUCCUUAUAGAUUGGUUCUAUGGCGUCCUAGCCUCGUUGGGACUCUGGCAGAAAGAGGCCAAGAUCUUGUUCCUGGGCCUCGAUAACGCUGGAAAGACGACGCUACUCCACAUGCUCAAGGACGAGAGAUUGGUUCAGCAUCAGCCGACCCAGUAUCCGACGUCAGAGGAGCUGAGCAUUGGGAAGAUCAAGUUCAAGGCUUUCGAUCUUGGCGGCCAUCAGAUCGCACGCCGUGUCUGGAAGGAUUACUAUGCCAAGAAUUUUUUUGGGGGGUAAAGUCUACGGAGACAGUUUUGAUGGACUUUGCAUGAUUCAAGGCUUCGAUCUCCUUGUUUUCCUGUAUUUUGCCUUCCUACAUUUUAUACCUCAAGUUGUUCCACUUUCCCGUUGGUGUGACUUCGACGUUCA